CGCAAAGUGAUCCAGGUUCACCUUCUUUUUUUUGACUAGCGUUUUCAUAUCAUACUUGCACCUGCUGGCAGAGCUUUAACUAAUGUUGCGAUCCAAGCCGCGCAUCAAACAGCAACGCUCGUCGCUCGGCAUCAGUCAUGCUGUGCAAUUGGAAGAGGAAGUAGACAAUGCGAAACCGGGUCAAAACAUCAUGAGCGAUGACAUGUUGAAAGAACCAAGUGAGCGCAGCAGUAUCUUUGGCUGGGCUCGCUUCAUGUUAUCAUUAUAUUAUAACAAGGUAUACAAGCUAGCUGUGAAUUUGUUUGGUUGCAUAACGGGGUGGUCAUGGUAUAAUCGGAUUGACCAGUUUGUGUAUCUGGGGGCUUUACCCACUCCGUCUCACAUCAAAUCCAUGCAUGCGAAUCAUCAUCUGUGUGCUGUGGUGAACAUGUGUGCGGAGUUUCCGGGCUACCACCACCUGUACAAGGAGCUGUCAGUGCAGCAAAUUCGUUUGGCUACCACCGAUUUCACCGUCCCGUCCGUUGCUCUUCUUCGAGAAGGCGUAGAGGCUAUCAUCCGCACCGCCGUCCAAGAGAAUAAAUGCGUCUAUUUGCAUUGUAAAGCUGGCCGAGGAAGAAGCGCUGCCGUGGCAAUAUGCUAUUUAUUGCGGAUGUAUAAAAUCACACCCCUACAAGCACAACAGAUACUGUUACAACGUCGCCCUCAGGUCGAUAAGGAUCUCUUUCAAACGGAUGAAGUUCGAAUGUACUACAAGGAAAUGAUCUCGGAUGCUGAGGCAGGAAAAAUACAUCGACAACCAUACCAUCACCCUGCUCCAUGAUGUGGUGAAUAAUACAGAAACCCAUUGCUUUAAUCCAACACUCUUGAAACCAAAGAAUUACUUUCAUAUGAUGUUC